AUGUCCGUGGUUGUCGACAGGUUGCACUCGCCGUGGCUAGCUCAGGGAUUGCUGCAAGGAAACAUGGCUGGAGGAACAACAGCACAUAGCAUGUUCCGACUCCCUCUAGACCUAGGUCACGGCACAGGUGUGUGGAACAUCACCAACGGGUCCCAGCGAGCAGAACUCAUCAGAGCAGCACAGCUCAUUGUGUUUGAUGAGGCCCCGAUGGCACACCGCUACAUCUUCGAGAUGAUCGACAGAUCCCUCCGGGAUCUCAUGAAUAGUAGUGUGCCAUUCGGGAAUAAGAUCUUCAUCUGCUCCGGGGACAUCCGUCAGAUUGCGCCCGUCGUUGAGAAGGCUCGCACACCAGCUGAUGUCGCGUGCGUGUCACUUCGGGCGUCACAUCUGUGGCGACUGUUCACACUAUUUUCCCUGACGACACCCCAGAGAACUAGUGGUUCCAUUGACUACUCCAACUUCCUCCUUGGAGUAGGCAAUGGAACAAUAAAUCCUUUACUUUUUGGAGAAGGCCGCGAGAGAGAGUCUCUCAUUCCCCUCACUGGGGUGAGAUGCCUCACUUCUCUCGCGGACUUAAUAACGGAUGUGUUUCCUCCUGGUGUUCUGCGAGAUCCUGAUCUUUGUGCGAGACGGGCAAUACUCUCAACUCUGAAUGUGAACGUCAAGGAGAUCAACGGUCGCAUCCUAGACCUUAUGGACGGGCGCAUUCAUGAGUUGAGAAGCGCGGACACCGUGGACAGAGAAGACGACGACGGGCUGGAUGUGGACGUAAAUCUCCUCAACCAGGCCACUGAAAACUUAAAUAUCGGUGAUGGACUCGUGAACGGCACCAAAGUCAUUGUGACGGCGAUCAGCAGCCGACUGAUCACCGUCAGACUUAUCGGCAACACGCAACCUAUCGGAAUUCCCCGGAUUACGUUCAGGUUCGCGUUUGCCGAAGGAUCGCCGCUCCGGGUUUGUCGCCGUCAGUUCCCCCUCAUGUUGGCGUACUGCAUGACUGGUCACAAGAGCCAAGGCCAGACAAUUGAGUACGUCGGAGUCGACCUGAGAACGGACUGCUUCACUCAUGGCCAGCUCUACGUCCUGUUGAGCAGAGUGAGACGUCCAGACGACAUCGUCGUUCUUGUACCAGACGACAGAAUAGUAGAAGGAGUCGCCUAUGCAAAGAAUAUUGUAUAUGACGAGCUCCUUCUAAACACUGAUUAAGUCUUCGGCAGUAGGCUAGGGAAUCUGCCACUUAAAAAAAACUCCCCGUCGUGAUUUGACCUAGCAGUAGGCAAAGGGAACUGCUUUACCAAAACUCCCUGAUGAUUUCAUUAGCAGUAG